UUAGACUUUAAGCUGCUGGAAGCAUCAAGAAUUUUAUGCAGGGGGUCACACAAAUUAAAUCCAUUCGAGUGUUUUCAACUCGGUUUAUUAGUUUUAAAUAAAAGAUCUGAGGCUCAGGUCCAGCCAUGAGGAGUAGGCUCUCCCCACAAACUGCAGCAUGAUUUUUCUUUGUCAAAAUCAUAAGAGGCGCAUUUUCAAAGCAAAAACAAUAGAAACUCUUCAACCAAAGAGGAUUUCAAUUUCCUCAUCGCCGAUUUUUUUAUUACUAUUUUUGACCCUUAAAUAUCGCAAUUAAUUGAUAAUAACGUGAACAGGGCGCAUCAGAAAAUUGGAAAUACUAUUUUGCAGGAGGACGCACAGAAAGAGGUGCUGUGGGUGAUCCAAUUUUAUCAUUAUGGAAGUAAAUGCUCACCGAGACCCAGAGCACCCAGAGGACUCCAGUCGAGGCGAGGAAUCCAACCGGGCCAUUCUGCCUCUCUUCCAGCCACCUGGCAACCAGCAAUCACACAGGAUCACCAACUUUUACAUCGACAACAUUUUAAGACCAGACUUCGGCCGAAAGAGGAAGGACAGGACUUCGGUCCGGGAAGGAAGCAGUUUAGCAGUACUCAUACGAAGAGACGAGCUGACGGAGAGAAAGGCUUCCAAAACUGGCAUCCCGCAGCAGGGUGGAGCAGGAGGUGAGGAAGGGGAGGACACAGGAGCAUCCGACGACCAGCAUCCGGAUCUUGAGGCCAGGAGGUCUGACCUGAAAGUCGGUGAUGCGGCUGUGAGGGACCGGGAGGGCGACGGUGACCGCUGCCGUAGCCCCCAGGCCAGCUCGGCCCCUGCAGCUAAGCCGAUGCUGUGGCCAGCCUGGGUUUAUUGUACCCGCUACUCAGACCGUCCGUCAUCAGGGCCCAGAUCCCGCAAACCAAAGAGGGCGCAGACCCCGAGUAAAGAGGACAAGCGGCCCCGCACGGCCUUCACCGCGGAGCAGCUCCACCGGUUAAAAACUGAGUUCCAGAACAAUCGGUACCUGACCGAGCAGCGGAGGCAGAGCCUGGCCGGGGAACUUGGUCUCAACGAGUCUCAGAUCAAAAUCUGGUUUCAGAACAAACGGGCCAAAAUCAAGAAGGCGUCUGGGAAUAAAAACUCUCUGGCGCUGCAUCUCAUGGCGCAGGGACUGUACAACCACUCUGCGGCCAAGGACGCCAAGUCGGACAGCGACUAGGAAGACAUGGGGAGCAGAAAGGAGGCGAGGGGAGGGGGGUUCUGAACCAUGCAAUAAAACCAGCUCAGUACCAGCAUUCCUAUUUACAACUCAACCAGAGACAUUUUUUGUUUAUCCUCUUUGUGUGUGUGUGUGUGUGUGUGUGUGUGUGAGAGAGAGAGAGAGACAGAGAGGGAGAGAGAGUGAGAGAGGGAGGGAGAGAGGAUUUGUGUAGGCAUCACCUACGUGUCCUCAGGGCUGUAGUUAGGACAUGCUGCGCUCCUGUCACAGUCAGAACCCGUACCAGGCACCGUGUAAUGUUGGCUGUCUUAAGACUACAUCAGUGUUUUGGGUCUGACACUGAUAUUUGGUGCCAGGGACAUUAAGGCCACAUUUAGAGCAUACUGUGGUGCUGUUUGUUAGAACUGAUUUACCAGCCGCUGAUAUAUGCUAUUGAUAUGUUUGAUGUGUUUUAUAAUACACUGCCAAUGAAGAGAGAUAAAAAUAAACAUUAAAUAAGUGAAUAUUCUACUACAGUCCCGCCAUCACAGGGAGCUGUGCGUUCCCGUCUCGGUGUUGUGACUUGUGUGAAAUACAGCUCCACAGUAGUCUAAUCCUAGAAGAGCAGCGGGGAGGAGAGAAGGGACAAUAACCUACAGAAACCUGGGCUAUCUUCGAUGUUUUUAGAGGCGGGAAAAAAAGUCAGUCAACUGCAUCGUAUCGAGGUCGAGGGAUGAGAGAAGUGUAGUGGACCGACGUCACGCGCACUACAGUCCUGUGUGUCCCGUUAGGCUCAACUGUGUCUGUCUGGGGAAGUGUACUGACUAUGAGAGGAAUAUGCUGAAAUCCAAAGAAUUUUCUGUUCUACUUUCUGACUUAACUGGUUGUUUUGUCUCUAUCCUUCUGACUUCUGACUGUUGUGUCUGUGCUCUGUGGUGAAGGAUCACCUGCAGUUUGAUGGUUCGCUCUGUUACCGUCUACAGCCUUAAAGGGCGAGAAAUGCGCCUCAAAUCUGGGAAUGUAGCGGCGCAGUUUGUCUCUGGAGUGAAAAGUUUUUAUAGAUGCUGUGUGAAGCAGUGAACGGUGUUUAAUAACAACAUGAAUUGGCAAUGAACCCACAUGUAACAAUAGCCAACUCCAGUCUUGAUUUGAAUUUAUAACCUGAUUUUAAGCACGGUAGCUAAAGUUUUUGCAACAUAAAAUAAGAUUUAUUUUUUUUUAUUAUUUUCUGUUAAGUCAUCGGACAACACCCAUUUGAAAUGUUGUCAGUUUAAAUUAGCCAACCAUCACAAUCGAAAUUUUCCACGACUUAAAUUUGAGCCUAAACCUCUUCAAUAAUAAUAAUAAUAAAUAAUAAAAUAAAAUAAAAUAAAAACCCGUGAUGUCCAAGGUCAGGCCAUCACCAUCCAGGACAUAUUCUCAUUCAAAUGGGCAGAUCAUGGACGUGCAGCAGGCUUACAGGCUGCAUGUUCAUCUACCAGUGCUCAAAGUUUGACUUUGUCGUUGACAAAGACCAUUAUAUUCUUGUUUAUAAUACGAUAGACUAUCUAUAGCCAUGUGGAUAUGGGGCUCUGGAGUGUUUACAUAAUUUAUUUUUCCUGCAAUAACUUUUCUUUUUGAAUGCAACAUCAUCGCUGGGUCUAAUUCACGUGGAUCCAAACCAAAUCGUGGUUUUAUGAUACUGUGAAUGUGUGCUUUUUAAAAAUGUAUUUACUGUGUAAGUCAGGUCUUCUUACAUUCACUUCCAAACCGGAAUAAGCUUCUGCCUUAAAAGUGAUGUAAAUACAAGCUAAAAAUAUUUACAGUCUUAUAAAGAAAGAGCACCUGGAUUUUCUAUAUCGCAAAUGGGAUUUUGAUAUCAGGAUUUUUAAAGAUGAAAUAAUGAACACAUUUAGUUGCUUUGUUCCUCUCAGCUGAAGUUCUCUUUCAUAUCCUACAUGUAAAUAAUUUAUAUCAUAAUGAUGUGAUGGUUAAAUAAACAAUAAGAAAAAAAAGACUUUUCAAAAGAGUGUUUUAUUAUAUAACCUGAAACAAACAAACAAACAAAAAGCAAACAAACAAACAAAAAAACACUUUGCUGAAACAGUUGGCAUUUUGCUGUGAAGCUGAUUGGAGGAGUAUGUGGAAGAUUUUAUUGAAAUAACUUGAUAAUGAUUAGUAUAACACUGAGCGAGCUGAGGAAGACAGACACAACAUGGAGGACACGUGUAGUCCGCACAUCUAAACCCAUUCUUCAUCCUCAAUAAGUUAUGCCGAUUUUGCUAAGCCCUAGACUUUACCCUUAGACUUUUGACAUUAAAACAGGCUUUUAACAUAACGGAAUAUUCACUGCCUCAUUUCUGCCUUUAUACUGCCUUCGUUAUUUUCUUGUUUUUAUUAAUCAGGUGAGAGUGUUUUACAAGUUCCCUAUUUUUUACUUUUGUUUUGAUGCUUCUGAAAAAUGCAUGAAGAAUAUAAAAGCCACACAGUUAAUAAAUUGUUAAUAAAUUUUCUUACAAAAGGUAAAUUAAAUAUAACAAAUUGUAAUGCCAUGUCAUUUACAUUACAGCUGCCUCAGAUAUUUACUUGAAAAACAAAUGAACAAACAAACAAACAAAAGUUGUUCAGUGAAAACACACAUCUCCAUAUUUGAUCCUCUUAAUGUUUAUGAGUUGAAUGACUACAUAAAAAUGUUUAGGUUCAUAAGAAUUUAAGACCUCUCUCGAAAGUGUAUGUUUUUAUUUACUGCUUCUCUAACCUCCUUAGACUUGAAUAUUUUGGAGAUGCAAGCUUUUUACAUGACAGCAGAGACAUGCACUCACAUUAUGAUGGUGAUAUGAGGUUUAGGCUUAUAUGUGAUUUGUGCUUUUAAAUAAAGAUGCAUUACAUGUUUGAGGGGAUCCCUCCAUGCUGGUUAAAAUAGACUAGUAUACCAUACUCAUAAAGCAUACAACUAUUCAUACAUUGUGUAAAUAAGUAAAUUCUUUUACACUGGCAGUCAUGUUCUUAUGCUGACUGUAACUCUGGGUCAUAGAUCUAAACAUUGCUAUAAAAUAGAUACACAGGUUUGAACAGCUGAGCAGAGCAAGAUCACUCCACUGAAAGGAUGUAAGGAUCAGUAGAGGCUGAGAGAUGCCACCCAAAACACUUAAAACACAUUUAAAUGCCAGGUUUUAGUGGUAAAGAGG